CUCAACUCAUCAACCAUCAUUAGUCAACACUCGAGUAGAUUGAUUUACUACUUCCUUUCCUCCAGUCGCUGAGCCCUAACGCUUUCGACUAGAGUACUUUUCYGCGAUUUUCUUCCAGAAAAUCUCGACAACAAAAGAGAACCCAGUACURAAUCACGUAGAUUGCCACUGUACUAUUUUUCUUCAGAAUACCCCGUGACACMUAUCACUUCGAACACACWCUGACACCUGYCCGGCCGUCAGGGAUCAAAGUAUCCCAUUAGGAACAAGUGAACGGGAAGCAAUAUUUUUUUCCGUCUUCGAUUUGUUCUGUAUUUGGGAAUGUUCUCGACGAGAAACAAACCUAUCGAGAUAAACUUGAAAUGGUGACGACAACGUCGGAAUUGUAUCAAUCUAGUAGCACUCUUCGAAUCAUUGACGGGAACAACAAAAGUCCAAAAAGAGAACCCUUGGACGCGCUUUUAACACAAGCAUUGAGAAUAAGAUUUUUUUGACAAAAAAGACCUACAUAAUACAUUGUUUCAAUUUAAAUAGCAGAUCGAUUGCGAAAUGCAAACGGUUUAUUUCUGUACAGCAUAUGCUUUCCCAUUCUUUUCUUUUGUUUUGGUUCGUCUUGCGUGCCGCAUCGCAUCGCACCUCAUUGAAUUGCAUAGGAUCAUCGACUAUUCGUUGCGAAACACAGGAAUGGUCCCAGCAACACGACACGACACGACACAACACAGCACAGCACAUGGCUCUGUGACUCGAAAACUUGCGUGCCGCAUCGCAUCAGGUCGCAUCACGUUUCAUCACAUCAGAAAUAUUAAUUCCCACAGAAUCACGUUGCAUUCGAUUGCAUUCGCCUGCCCCACAUCGGAUCUUCCUACAGAACAGGGCAUUCGAUCAGAUAGGACAUGGGUUUCGACACGCCUAAUUUCGUGUACGGCUUGUUGCAGGGGCGACCCAGGGUGGUUUCCAGCACGCGCUGCUUGUUCUUAUCAAAGACGUACGGAGAAUCGUACACCAGCAUGGUCCCGUCGGCCCGGACCCGCAAAAAAUAAAGCGAGUCGUCCACCACCACGUCCACGGUGCCCGGGGCACCCACCGCGGGCACCGACCGGAUCUCCGGGACGACCGUCAAGGCCAGCAGUUUCUCGUCGUGGAUGCCGUACUGCGUCCAUCCGACCUUUGGCAGGACCAGUCUGACGUGGUCUUUGUAUAGGUUCCAUCGCUCGGUAGCCCAGACCUUGACCGCGUGAUAGGGCCCCGCGAUGAAACGGUCGUUGAUGGGCCAGGAGGCAAAGCCCGGGAUCACGGCGGCGGAAGCAUUCCCGGUGCCACCAAAGUCGUGGUAGCAACUGCCCGGUUUCUCGCAGGAGUCGUAGUCCUUUGGCAGGAGCUUAGGUUUKGGAAACUUCAUGCUGUAGUGCCCCGGUCUGUUUUGGAACUUAUCCCAGCGUUCCAGAACAGACUUGGAUGCUGGCUGGGGCGUCCUUACGGAGACGGACGUCGGGGUUCUCGCAUCUUGUGGCUUGGUGUUCGUUGUGUCUAGCCUCGGUACGGGGACCUUCGUGACGCGAAAGAUAUCGAUCGGAGACAUGAAGACCACGUCGGACCGGAGCAUGGCKACCCUCUCGUAGUAAGGCUCCUGAUCCUGUUGGUUCAUAGUUUUGCCGUGCUCGAUCAUGAGUUCGAAGACGCUGGUCUGGGAGUGCCACAUUUUGAGAAUGUUUACCAUGGUUUGUUCCGGGAAUCUCUCGGGUACGUAGGGGUUAUUGGUUUUGUUUUCAGCCUUGUAGCGCUCCACGACUUCAUAGAGAUGGUCCUUCCGGGCCUCUCGAAAGGAUUCCUCGACAUCGAAAGAGAAAUAGACGCCGACCAAUGGCAUGUCMAAAUCUUUAUGGAGCUUAUGCACGGCGUCGCGAAGGAGAAACACCUCGGUGGAAUUGAUGUCCCCCCCUUGCCCCGACCGCCCCGCGGCCUCCGCUUUUACGUCAAAAAAGUGUAAGAAAUAAUCGCAGCCGUAUUGGGCGUUCGGUUUCACGACGUGCUUCAGCAGCGAGGGCAAAACGUAGUUCCCAAAGUUUCGCGGCAGGCCGUACAGGUUGAUCGCACACUUGGGAAAUCCCUGGGACGGGGGAGCGACGAUCGGACAAGGUUUCGUCUCCGGAGCAACAAGCGCUGCGGCCAGGGACAAUUCUUCGAUCUGCUUCUUCUGGAGUUCAAAGAUGUAGUGCAGGCCUUGGAACGCUUUGAUCGUAGCGACUAGAAGGACUAGACCGAGGAUGAUUGUGGAUCGACUGAGUCCCAUGUUUGUCUUGCUGUUCGUAUGUGCUUCUUUGGAUUGCGAGGCAGAAUCUUUAACU